CCCCUAUUGCGAGUUUCACUUUUUCUGGAUUCCGUCCGAAAAAAAUGACAUUUCACAUUUCCCUUAUUGUGAGUUUCGGACGGAAAAUUUUCCACUUCGAAAAAUUUCCCCCUAUUGUGAACUUUUUUUUCGGGUGGAACUUCAAGUUUUUCACAACUCUUUCUUUCACUCAAAAUUUGGCGGCGGAAAAAGACAACUUUGGCGAAAAAUGAGUAAAACAACAAAUAGAAGGCAAUGCGAGUUGCUUUUGAAUAAAAUGCAAUUACACCCCGAUAUCGCCAGAGGCUAUUCAAAGGAAAAUAAAGAUAAAAUUUCAGAGUUCUGGACGACAACGGCAAAUGAUCUAAACAGUGCAGGGCCUCCAAUAAAGUCAAAAACUGAGUGGAAAAAGGUUUGGAAUGACCAGAAAAGAUAUGUAAGGAAAAAGGCGACGGAAAAUAAAGCGAACCAAAGAGCAACCGGAGGUGGCCCAAAUAAAACAGUCAAGUACACAGACGUGGAAGAAGCUAUAUUACAGCUUAUAGGUGUUAACGAAGCUGUGGAAGGUUUUGGCUCACCCUUCGGUUUGCCUCCCCCUGAGAAAAAAAGAAAAACUGACGUAGCCGAAGAGAAUGGAGAUGAUCAAAAUUCAUUAGAGGAUCUAAUGGAAUAUUUACAUGAAGGUGAUGAUACUUGUGAUAAUAUUCAUGAUGGUGUUCCUUGCGGAACCGAAACCAAUGACGUCAGGAAUGCAUCAACAAAUCUUGAGCCAUCAACAUCAAAACCAACACAACCAAGAAACUAUAAGACUGCUCGGCUCACGACAAAUGAUCUCAUCUAUGAAGAGCUCAAAGUCCAAAAAGAAAUAAGCUCGAAUAUUUUGGAAGUUGUUGGUGUUCUAAAAGAACACAAUACUGAUACUCAAAAUGGUUUUAAAAAAAUCUACCGGUCUCUGGACCGUAUUUGUGAUUUCUCCAAACAGAGACUAAAGGAAGAAAAACGUCACCACGAAGUAAUUGAAGCAUUUCGUAAGCAGGAACUUGAAAAUAAAAUUGUUGAAACUCAAAAAAUGUUGCAACUAAAGGAACUUGAAAUGGAAAUUUUACGAGGAGUACAACCUAAAAAAUAAUCAAAAAAUGUUUGUGUUUUUUUGUUUAAUGAAUUACCUAUGUAUUUGUUUUAACUCUUUUUUUUUGAUUGAAGUUAUUUUUUGUUUAUUUUUU